GGAUCACGGUUGCAUUCUCCAAAUUUUCUUGCAGUUCUAGUACGAGGUUUUUUUUAUUUUCUUCUCAAUAUUAAAGCCUGUCGAUAUGGAUAUUUCUAUUAGAAAAACAAAAAGAUGACCAUUCUGCUCACAAAUUCAUCUUGCUUUAGAAGAGUUCUUCUACUUGUUCUAGAAACGUUCAAGAAUUGUAGAUCGUGAAAAAAUAUUAAAAAUAGUUCUAGCUAAGUGUACUAGUCAGAUCUGACCGACAAUGUACUUUUUUGUAAUUAAUAAGGCACGACGAUCAUGAGUUGUUGUACAAGCAAUCACUAUGGGAUCACACGUGUCGCUUUUUUCCAAGUCCCUGCAAAAGGACAUGGAAGGGGAAGCGCAUCCCGCAAUUCCAAAAUAAGAGAAUAUCAAGUACUCAGCUGUUGUGUUUCUGGUGCAGAACUAUAUUUAUUACUCACUCAUCUGUUCCUGUUUUUGGUGCAGCUUUUUUCCGUAUAAUUGACAUUGAUAUAAAUCGAAUUUUCUGUACAAGAAUUAAGACUAAAUAACGAACUAAAACAAGAAGAACAUGCCGCACUUUUCCAGGAUCCCGGCAAGAAGGCGGAUCGCUGCUGCGCUCUUGUGCUUAUCGCAAGUGGGGCCCGGGCUAUUCUUGCUGCGACGUGGGACCGGCUUCCUCGCGGGGGUUUUUGGUGGACAACUCCUGGGGCUACCACUCCUGCCCGGGGCGGAUGCCGUGACAGUUCGGCGAUCAACUUCAGAUCCGUUUUCGACGGGUUCCGGCACGCAGCAACAUGUUGCAGAUGAUACUGCAGGUGUUUUUAAUGCUGCAGAGCAAGCACAAGAAGAGUCUUCCUCCCCUCUUGCUGCGCCAUCGCUGUCCCCUACUACUGCACCCACCAGGCCCGCCUCGCCUGACGAGGAAAGUGGAUACUCGGAUGUAUCUGACACGGAGUCGGCUGCCUUCUGGUCUUCUGACGAUGACGAUGAUGAUGACGAAGUAGAUCCACUCAGUUCUUUCAUCGCAGGAAGCCCGCAGAAUGAAAAGGGUGCUGAAAACCAGGUUCUCGUGAUUGGCGAGCGCCACGACAUGCCGCUUGCCGCGCGACUACGCACUCUUCUCCGGAUAUGCUGGGAGUGCCAGGUGGAAAAUCAAAGUUGACAUCGGAAUGGAAGAAGGAGAAACAAGUAGUACUUGUGGUGCAUAUUUAUGAAAAUGUAUCGUUGGUGCCGCCGCAAUUAAUUUCUAGGUAAGAGCGUUUGGCACUUUUUUCCGGCACUGUAGAGCAUAUCUGUCAAUUAUGCUGCCCGGAGCAGGACAGUGCAGUCCUGUAGUGAAGAUGCAUACUUACUUGUCAGCAGGAGCAGCUGCCCAUGUUUUGACCUCCAUAGUGAUAGUCUCGACGCAGCUACAAGCUGCCUUCGCUGCUUCCACCCCUGCACGACAGGCACCAUCUUCCGAAGUCACAUUUUCUGCAUGGCAAACUAUUUCCAUUUUCCACGACCUGGCACCAGUUUCAUACCGAAAGCUUGCGCAUUUGGGGCAGAUAGAGCUUUGGGAGGAGGAGUUUGGUUACCACCACAGCGAGCGCAUGCAGUUGCACUUUGGUGGAAAAUUGGAGAGUACCUCACUGCGCUUAGUAGGCGAUGCCCGGGACUACAGAGAGCUCGCCUCGACCACUAGGGGCGAACAGAUUAAGAUAAACUUUCUCAAUCGCUUACGGUGGCGCCUUCGAGAGCAGGGCCCGCAAAAACUUGCAGGGCUCCUGGGGCGCGCGCGAGAAGUAAUGUUGGCAGCAUUUACUUCCGACUCAGAUUAUAAAUUUUCUGUUGAUCUAGACAGCGCAAUACGCAUUGCAAGAAAUAUGCUUGGGCUUGAAAAGUCGAAAACAGUACUGCUUAUAGUAUUGCAAUUAUGUAUUAAUAAAUAGCAAGAAAAUAAUCUAAAAAUUCUGUACUGAUGCCUUCUGAUCAGCAAAAGCUGCGCACGCGCAGCCUCUUGUUGCAUGCAAAUAGUCAUGAAGUGCACCCGCAAGAAUAAUUCGUAAUGCGCGGAUGCACAUCGGCGCAGAGGCACUCGCAUGAGAAAAUAAGCCGUGCCUGGCUUCUGCACGAAAAAAGGAGGCUCCUCGUUACUUGAUUAGGAUUGCGAUUGCCACGAUCUUGUUCCGCACCACGAUCGCAACUUUCCAGACCCAGACAUAUUUGCAGUGGAUAGGGAAUGAAUAGAAGUAUGAGUAGAAGUUUGGGUUUGCUGCCGGCGGGCUGGAUCGCGACUCCACUGAGCAAGGAGGACAAUGUGGCGGGGCUACUUGAGGCUAUUGCAGGCCGGUUUGAGGAAUGUAACAAGAUCGCGUGGGAAAAAGUUAGAUUUCCGCGAUCCAAAGGCGCUUCUAAGCCUCCAGCUGACAACACCAUCAACGCAGAGUCAGAUACCAAAGCCGUGGCACACUUCAAGCUGUGCUAUCUGCUUGACCAAUUUGACGACAACCAAAUUAUAAGAGGGCGGCGCACCAGUGCGGAGAUCCAAAAACACUUGAAGGAGCAUCGAGAGCACCGCAGCAAGGCGACGCCAACAGGACCUGCAGAAAAACAGGACGGAGUUGGACGAGACGCCGGGCGGGGGUGGCGACAAGGGGGAGAAGAACCAGCAGGAAACGAUGAGGGGCGACGGAUUAUGAUUCCGGGCGAACUACAUACCUUGUCCAUGCUGCCCUCGUGGUCUCAUGUUGAGCGCGAGUUGCUGCGUCAAUAUGCGGAGAAAGGGGCCCUCGCAACUCACGAAAGCGUGAUCGCAAGUGUGCGCUCGGAGAAUCUCUACCUGCAUGCACUUCUAACGGAAGAGCUGCCUGUUCGGCAAGAGCUGUUACGAAUAGCAGUGGACGUCAUCCGAGCCACCUGUGCAGCGAAUAUGUACAAAAAGGUUGUUGACUUCUUUCCGAGGAUGUGGGGCAGCAGAAGCGACGAGCGGACGGGAGCAGGAUUGCGCAUGGAAGAGCAGGAACUGCUCGAGAUGAAAUUUCUGGAAAACCAAAUGAACUUAUGAAGGUAUCAGGGGUGGAUAUCGUCGAGUAAAUGUGUAGUCACUCAGAAAAUGUAAAAAUGAAAAUCAAAAUCAAUCCUCGGCGCGUACGUUUAAAAAUACGUACCAGCUCUUCUUGGGAUCCCAAUUUCGAAGCACCGCAUGACAUCAAAGGUUGGCAACGUCCGGACAUUGAUUUUCCGUGCGGUUUAGCGCAAAGACGGACGCAGCUCCUGCCAUUGUCCUCUUCGCCAGCCGUUUAUCCCAUGUUGACCUUGUUGACUGACCAAGCUGGCGGUCUGUCAUUUUUCCCUUCCCUGCAAGGCAGGAGAGUAUACCUCGCGCAGCUCGCACUUUGUGCACAUCAUAUAUUAUGUACGAAAUGUAAGUGAUUUACGUAUGCAUUUUGCGAACUUCGACCAGCCUGGCACCCCCAUAGAGCUUCGAUGUCCGCCACUACAUCCGUGCUGGACAGGCGACACCAUGGGGCCCCGCGCCGGGGAAGUGGAAGGAGUCACCAUUUGAACAUCGGACAAGGAUAGAGCAGAAGGACGAACCUAAAAAUGCCGAGAAGAUGUUAGGCCCAACUUCUGAGGAGCCUGUCAACACUGCUGGGGAAAAACAAAAAGGUUUGGAAGGCACAGUCGCCGGUGAGAAUAAGCACCAGACGAUGGUGGAGCAGGUGGACGCCCAGGUCGCGGUGGACGAGCACGUCCACGACCCCGAACUGGCUUUGGAGAACCAGUUGCGUAACUCCCCGCCGGCACGAGCAGCAUUUGAUGCUAACCCUGCCCUGUUUCACAGCGAGACGUUGCCACAUUUGGUGACCGUCCGUAAUCUGGUCUGGAUCCGACGCUUGGUGAAAAAGUGGGAGAACGACCAGUCAGUGAAGGGGCACGAGGACGAGGACAGUCGUGUGCUGGGAAGUAGAAUAAAUCCACAAGUAUUAAAAACCUCCUCAUCGUCAACAUCCCCUGUGUCGGUGUCUUCGUCCGGGCCGUCGACGCGCAAAAAGCUACAACUGCCGAAAGUCUUCAUUAUGGGAGGAUUAUCCUGUGCAAAAGUAUCGUACUCGUAGUAAUCGCAGUUAUGCAUUACAAAUUUCUUUCUCAAGUUAAAUCCGUAAUACAAAUUUUAUUUCUCAUGCUGAGGAAGUUUGUCAUGCGAUUUAUACUAGUACGAUGCUUUUGCAUUUCAUAAGGAUCCCACAAUGACCAUUUCAUCCGCCGCUUGCAGCAAGUGCGCCCGCUAUUACAGUGAAAAGUGCCCCCACCCCACACUUGGCAGCAUUUGUAUUGCAAACCUUUCCAAUAGAAAAAUUUCCCUUCUUGCAUAUCUUAGCAUCACAAAUUUUCCAUGCUGAAUAGCUCGAAUUUGUGUUGCGAAGGGGCCCAACAGCAGCCGGAUCUGUUACGCACAAGGCACAUUGCGCACCUAGAUUCUGCAUCAGAAAGGCUCGCAAUCCUUUCAUGCAAGACAAACACAAAAAGCUUUCAUUUGGAAACUUUGCAUGACAAACUUUUGCACAUUGGGGGGUGGGGGCAUUCUUCAUUGUAAUACCCGCAGUUCCAGAUUCAGAGCGCGGUGAUUUAUCAACAUGAGGCCCCCUCAACGGCGGCACUGCAGCUGGCAAAAGACUUUUACAAAGAGUUGGGUCAUCUCGUUGACAUCGAGGAGGAGGACGCUGCUACUUCCAACAUGGGCGGGUCUCGACGCGGAAGGAGUGAUGAUGAUGAAACAACAGCUGCUACAGGGUUUGAUGGCAACACCACCAGGGGGCAGACGACAUCAUCUUCGCCCGUUGUCUUGUCCGACGAGAUCAAAGGCCGCCGGAAAAUGAGGUUGCUGCUGGAAGCUUUGUUCGGGGCCGCAACCGCUGGCGCUGCAGGGGUAGAGACCACGCGGAAGAAUGAAGAUGCAGCGGCACGGUUGAAACGGCUAGCGGAAAAUGUGUUUAACUGGCAUCCAUCUCCAGGCAACGGCACGUCGUCCGUAAGUCCGUCAGGCUUAGCACAGGUUCUUCGCUUUCUUGCAACUCACACGGCCGCGGGAGAUGGUGGACAAGGAGCAGCAAGACGAGCCGCAAAAACAAGCUGCAAAUCCAAGCGUGUCGCGCAGCUGGUCACCAGACCUGCUCAACAGAGAAGCCCACGAAAACAACUGCCGCGCCGACUUGAUGAGAAAACUGAAGAUAUUCGUAUUAUUGACACCAAGGGAAAAAAAGGCUUCAACAAGGAGAAAAAGAUCAACGCUAUUUCUCGUCGCAGAAAGAAGAGUUCAAGUUCUGCGCCGCCAAGGGCAAAGAAAACUGUGACCCCGAUUAAUAUGCUUGCGAGGGGGAGGGUGGGAGUACGACGCCCCACUCCUCGUCAGCUGGACGCCGAUGUCACGCCGCCGCCGGCCAGGAGAAAGAGACGCUUUUGCAAGACUGCUCAAUCAGAUACGGGACAAGUAGACGCGAAUAUUACUUCUACUCCAGCAGCAGCAGAUCCUCCCGUUCAAAAACGGGUCGCAAAUGACCACGCUCGGGACAACGUUUCAGAUCGACAUGUCGUGUCCAUUGCCAGUGAUGCUCCAUCGCGCCCAGCCGCCGGACUUGAUAACGACUCAGACACAUUAGCGGUGAAGAAGAAACAUGAGGAGGAAGAGCAGGCAAAACGAAAACUGAUCAGGCACCUGGCGGUGAAAAAGGUCAGGCGUGCCCGCAAGAAAGAAAGCAGAGCGCCGCGAUGAUGAGUAUUUGUAUUUCGGGCUAGCUGAUGUGAGUUAUUUCUUCGAUGGGGUGUUAUGGAUAAAACUAAAAGCUGUGCUGCAUAAAGGCAGCUCCCGCCCUCGAACAUGAGCUAAGGGGUUGACGUUGUGUGUGACUUUCUUCUCUUUGCUCUUCUCAUUCUCUCUUCCUGCACUAAGAAAAUUCUUAUACCAGUUUCUAGCAUUUGAUGUCUGUUUCCAAAUAAGUAGUAUUAUCACAGAAAUAAGCAUAGAUAGUUCAAGCUUGAUGGACAAGGAUAGGACCGUAUCAGUUCUGACAUGGCCCGGAAAAAGAAGAGGGCAGCAAACUAGCAAGUAACUUUGUAGAAUGUACUAUACGUUAAGCCGUACCUGGCCGCGCCGAAUAUCUAGCUUUAUAUGUGUAGGAUGAACAGAAUUUGAAUUUCAAUUUGCUUUUUUUACAAGCUUGUACGAUAUUGCAUCGCUGGCGGUACUAUAGCUUUCAGAAAUUUUCGCCCGUAAAAUUUGAGGAAGAGAAAGUAUGCUGAGGACGUUUACCAUCAUGUUUUGAAAAGACAAAUCAGAUGAUAUUAUAUCAUGAAUGGGCCCUGG